AUGGAGUUCGUGCAAGCCUGGGAUGGCCACGCCGUCCGCAGGUGGAUGAUUGAGAACGUGGACGUGGUGGGCUACAUUUGUGGCUGCUACCUCACCCUGGUGUUCGCGGGGCCGAAACUCUUCGCGAGGCUCAAUGGCGGCGGUGGGGCGGCCGCGGCGGCUCCCGCGAGGCGGAGCGAGGACGGCUCGGGCUCCCCAGCCGUGCGUCGUGCCAUGGUGCUGUGGAACUUGGGCCUCUCCGUCUUCUCCAUCUUUGGCACCAGCACCGUCACGCCCACCCUCGUCCGCAACAUUGUGGGCAAGGGCUUCUACGAGGCCACCUGCACCUUCAACGAGAAGGAAUUCUACACGACGGAGGUGGGGUUCUGGAUGGGCGUCUUUGCCCUCUCGAAGGUUCCUGAGCUGAUGGACACCGUCUUUUUGGUGCUGCAAGGAAAGCCUUCCAUGCCGUUCCUGCACUGGUACCACCACGUCACGGUGUUGCUCUUCUCGUGGCACACGUACUGCGUUGGCAGCUCUGGGUAUAUUUGGGUGGCGGCGAUGAACUACAGCGUGCACUCCGUCAUGUACCUCUACUUCGCCAUUGCGGCGAUGGGCUACAAGCGCCUUGUGCGCCCCUUGGCGCCGUACAUCACCCUGAUGCAAAUAUUGCAGAUGGUCAUGGGCUGCUUUGUCACCCUGUACGCGAUGAAGGCGAGCUACGAGGGCCGCGGCUGCGGCAUGACGUGGUCGAACAUGCGCAUCCAGCUGCUGAUGUACGCCAGCUACCUCUACCUCUUCUCGGGGAUGUUUGUGAGGGCGCACGUGCUUCCGCGGCCGCAGCCGGCGGCGGCCAACGGCUCCAUGAAAAAGUCAGUCUGA